AUUUUCCUCCCUGUUUCCCUUCCUUGUUCCUUGAGCAGUUGAAUCCAUCACCCCUCCGCCAUCUCUCUCUCUCUCCUCCGAGAGAAGAAGAGAUCGGCAAAGCACCAUCCCUGAUCGCCUCCAUCUCCGCGAUCUCCGAAUCCUAAUUCCCUCGAAACCCCUUCGAUUCCUCUUUCAAGAUCUCGAUUCAGCGAUCUCUUCCGCGGAAAUGGCUUAUUCUCUGUGAUCUCGAAGCUCCACACGACCCCUCCGCGUACUCCUCCAGCCCCCGUGUAUCCGAUCUUUCUCCGCUUCUCCAAGAUCGCAGCUAUGGCGAUUCGCGUCACCGUCUCCUACUCCGGCUACCUGGCCCAGACCCUCGCGGCCAACGCCGGCCUCCGCUGCGGCAAUUGCCGCCUCUUCCAAGACGUCGCCGGCCCGCUCGCCUUCUUCGCCGGCCGCCGCCGCUCCGACAAUGAUCAUCCCCCCGCCCCCGAUCCUAGCCCCGGUCGAUCUGGUGCUUCCAGUUGGUCCAAGGCCCCGGCUUCCAGGUUCUUCUCCUCUUCGUCCUUCUCCAAGGAUCCCUUGGUGAAGGAUCGGAUCGGGUCGAAUCUGACUGUUGGGUUGCUCUCUGUCGUGGUUUCCGGCUCCGGGCCGUCGGUGCCCGGCAUCGGAGCUUUGGGGAUCUCGUCUUCCAAGGCGAUGGUGUUCAAUCCCUCGUCGUUUCUCCCGUUCUUGCAGCAAACGAAGUGGUUUCCGUGCAAUGAAUUCUUCCCGGGGUCGGCAAGCAGUGCCCCGGUGGAUAAGGGAGGUACGGUCCCCAGCGAGACAGAGAUGGUUCCUCGCAAUAACAGGGGUGGGAUGCUUUCUGGUGAGGGGAGUAGGGCUAAGGAGAGCUCGAGCUCCAUGGUGACUGCCAAAGGUCUGGGCAGCAAGCCCGUUAAAAUGAAUUCGGGCGAGAGGAAUGGGUGGCUCUCGCGGUGGAUGAGUUCCUGCUCGGAUGAUUGUAAGACUGUUUUUGCAGCGGUGACUGUUCCGCUGCUCUAUGGGUCGUUCUUGGCGGAGCCGAGAUCGAUCCCUUCUAGGUCUAUGUAUCCGACGUUUGAUGUUGGAGACCGGAUUCUAGCAGAGAAGGUCUCUUAUCUAUUCAGAGAGCCAGAAGUAACAGACAUUGUCAUCUUCAAGGCUCCUACAAUUCUUCAGGAAAUUGGAUACAAUUCAGGUGAUGUCUUCAUCAAAAGGGUUGUAGCUAAGGCUGGGGAUUAUGUCGAAGUGUACGAUGGUAAAUUAUUGGUUAAUGGUAUUGUCCAAGAUGAAGAGUUCAUACUAGAGCCUCUUGACUACGAAAUGGACCCAGUGCUUGUACCUGAAGGUUGUGUCUUCGUACUGGGAGAUAAUCGCAAUAACAGCUUCGACUCUCAUAACUGGGGCCCUCUUCCUGUCAAAAAUAUUUUUGGAAGAUCGGUGCUACGAUACUGGCCUCCAUCAAAAAUAUCAGACACUACUUAUGAACCAAAUUCAAUGCAAACUGUGCUGGGAGUUUCUUGACACAUCCCCAUCUGCUCGAAGAACACGAUCUGACUGAAAUGGAUGGAAUUCUGUUGGUGACCUGACAUGUUAAUAUUCAGAAUAUUCUACUUCCAGCAUCACUCGUUUCUCUCUAGGUUUUGUGCACUCUUUCCACUUUUUUUUUUCUGAAAUGGCUUAAACGAUGUUGAAACAAAGCCAACGGAUAAGGCACCCCCCCACCCCGGGGCCAAGUUGAGGAGGAGCAGAAAGCCCGUGCAGACCUCUGGAGUCUCACGGUCUUAGACAAGUACUCUGUCGGAUACGUGUCCUUGCCGUAGCCUCUGAAGCCGCUUUGAUAUGGGUAGCGAAAUAAUUAUGCGAAGUCGAUUUGCAAUGCUUUGGUUGAAUAUCCGGCGUUCUCUGUUUGGCUGCCGCAACUUUUAGGUGGACUUCGGUGGCCGCCUAAGAAAUAUUGCAUGGUGUCUAGGAGGAUUGAAUGCGGCAAAAAGCACUUUUGUUUGCAUAUUAGUGUGAUCGCAGAAAUUAUGCGUCAGAAUGCCCGAAAGGGAUGGUUUUUUUGAAUUAUGUGCUCAAAUCUACUGAAUGAAUAUUGGAAAGGCAAUAUUAGCAUCCAAAAAACAUUCAUUAUGCAUUAUUUAGUAUGUCCGUUGCUCUUCGUUUUAGAUGCUAAUUUUGAGACUCUGCAUUU